UACUCCAUUUCACCUUGAUAAGAAAAUAAGGACGAAAAAGAAAAUGACACGUUAUGUUACUAAACAAAUCAAAAAACAACAACAACAACAACAACCAACAAAAGGUUUACGAUUAUUUUCAAAACAAGUCUGUGACAAAGUGGCUGAAAGGGGUGUCACGACCUAUAAUGAAGUAGCAGAUGAAUUGACGGCGGAAAUUCGGGGACAUGGUCAUGACGAUGGUGGUUCAUCAAGGAGUCGAGCGUUAGUAGAUCAAAAAAAUAUUCGUCGACGUGUCUAUGAUGCCCUGAACGUGCUGAUGGCUAUGAAUAUUAUCACAAAGGACCGAAAGCAAAUUAAAUGGCUUGGUAUCCCCACCUCUGGGCCAGGGUUACAGUAUCUUAAAGAGGAGAUUCAACAAGAGGAAUCCCGUCAACAAUAUCUUUUAGCCUCUAUUCAAAAUUCAACUCUUCUCCUGGAUGAUACCCUUCGACAUUUAGCUCGUCUAAAACAUUUAAUUCAACGAAAUCAUCAACGACGAUAUACUCAACAAUCAUGUCAUUUACCCUUCUUUAUCGUCACUUCUAAUCAGCCUAUCUAUACUGAAGAGUUGAGUCGUGAUGGUAAACAAGCUCUUUUAAAUCUUGGCUCCUCCUGGAUGAUUAAACAGGAUAGAGACGUUUUAGCAAAAUUAUGGCCUGGAACUACGACUUUAUAAGAAGUUUUUUAUUUUUAUUUUUAUUUUUUUUUUUAAAGAAAAAAAAAACAUUACAAUCAUUAUAUAUCGCU